CACACUGGAGAUACAGCCAACUUCAGUACACACAGACCUUUCGACAGUUCGCGUGGAAUUUGACACCGUUUACCCCAGGGAAAUGAAAAAAACUAAAUCCAAAAUGACUUCAUUGUCUUACAACAUUAAGGUCUUUGUCUUCUGCCAUGGCCUCCUGCAGCUGUCUCAGUUACUCUACAGCGCGUACUUCAAAAGCACCAUCACCACCGUGGAGCGGCGCUUCGGCCUCAGCAGCUCCUCUUCCGGAAUCAUCUCCUCCCUGCACGAGGUGGGGAACACUGUGCUGAUUGUGUUUGUGAGCUACUUCGGGAGCCGGGUCCAUCGGCCACGCAUCAUUGGGAUUGGCGGUCUGCUCAUGUCUAUCAGUGCCAUGAUCCUCACCCUACCUCAUUUCCUAUCCAAGCCCUACGAAUACUCCUCUGCAUUAGCAGGUGUCCGGGACAUGUGCAUGGUGCAGAGGAACGCCACGGAUCCUGAGACCUGUAGCCAGGGGGAUUCCCAGCGCAUCACGGAAACCAACAACCUGUGGCUGCUGAUGGCCUUCGCUCAGCUGCUGUUCGGCGUGGGCUCAGUGCCUGUCCAACCCUUCGGCAUCUCCUACGUGGAUGAUUUCGCCAGACCGGGGGACUCCCCCUUGUACAUCGCCAUUCUUUUCGCGGUGUCUGUGUUCGGACCAGUCCUGGGGUUCCUGCUGGGCUCUUUCAUGCUGAGGAUUUUUGUGGACGUGGGCAGAAUCCCAGAUGGCAUGAUGGAGUUGACCCCCGCUGACCCACGCUGGGUGGGGGCCUGGUGGAUGGGCCUUUUGGUCACCUCUGGGUUUCUGGCUCUGACAUCCAUCCCGUACUUCUUCUUUCCUCGGGUCAUGCGCACGGAGGAGAAUGCCACUGGAACUGAAGUUGAGUUUUUGGACAGAAAUCCAAAGACUGCUGAGAUCUCCUUUUCGGAUAUCAAGAAGUUCCCCCGGCUCUUUGUGAGGCUCCUCUUCAGUCCACUCUUCCUGUUGCUGGUUCUGACCCAGUGCUGUUUCUCCUCUGUGAUUGCGGCCCUGGCCACUUUCCUGCCCAAGUUUCUGGAGCGACAGUACAGCACUUCACCUGCUUAUGGCAACCUGCUGAUUGCUACGAUGAACCUGCCAAUGGUUGCUGUGGGGAUGCUGAUCGGUGGGGUGAUCAUGAAACGCGUGGGCCUGUCCCUGAAGGCCAUCCCCAGGUUUUCUGUGGCCGUGCUCCUCAUCUCUGUCCUGCUGUGCGUCCCACUCUUCUUCAUGGGCUGCCCCACGCAGCAGGUCCACGGGGUCAACACAGGCUACAGACACCAGGAGGACCACAGGCCCAGUGCUGUGUGUAACCUCAACUGCUCAUGCCUCAAGCAUGCCUUCAACCCAGUGUGUGGCUCAGAUGGCAUAGAGUACAUCUCACCCUGCGAUGCCGGCUGCACCAACUUCUCCAUCAACCCUCUGAAUCCUCACAGGGUCCAGGCCUAUAGCGGCUGCAGCUGCAUUCGUGAUGGCGACGGUGCAGGAAGUGCGCAGCCGGGCUCCUGCUCCAACAGCUGUCCCCACUUCCUCCUGCCUGUCAUGGUCUUCAUCGCCCUGGCUGCGUUCGUCGCCAGCUUGUCCCACAAUCCCAUCUACAUGAUGGUGCUCAGGACUGUUCCUCAAGAAGAGAAGUCUUUUGCUAUUGGAGUUCAAUUCAUGCUCAUGAGAGUACUCGCUUGGCUACCUGCUCCUGCCAUAUUUGGAAUGGUCAUCGAUUCCUCCUGCGUUAUGUGGAAGAGCACCUGUGGGAAAAAGGGUUCCUGUGGUUACUAUGACAAUGACCUCCUUAGAAACAGGUACCUGGGCCUCCAGAUGGGUUACAAAGCCACAGGGAUCUUCUUCCUGGCCAUGGUGGGCUGGAAGGCACAGCGAAUGAGGGAGUACAAUCUGGGGAAUAAGCUGGAGGAGUCUCUGUGAGAUGCUCGCCAUGCUGUGGGGAAAGGACUGGCCUGCCUGAUUCCCUGUGUCCUCCCGGUUUGUUGAGGCAAUGAUGUGCUCUGGAUCCAGCCUCACUCUAAGGGAGAAAUGAGAGGGUUGUGUCAGUAAACAGCACCUUCCUGUGAAGCUGGGAGCGACUUGUAAUGCAGGACCCUACCUCACGCACUGCUGCGUAUGGAAUGUUCUGCUUGUAAGUUGGUCACCUUGUCAGACCUUGUUAUAAUUUUUGGUAUGUCUCCUUUUAUUAUAGCCAGUAACUUUCACUACAAACUUUUUAUUGCACAGAUAAUUUUACUGCUCUGUUGACCCUCAAAAGUAAAGACAAAAUAAUCUGUUUCAUGCAACGUGUCAACCUUCUGUGAAGUAAGACCCUGCAUUGACCAAAAUAAAGGGAACAUACAAAUGUUCAGUGGUCCAAAAGGGGUCUCAUGUAUUAAACAGACCUGAGUACAUAAUUGUUUGGGAUUCAAAUACUUUUCUGUGCUCUAUUGAUCUUGACUAGUGCAAUUGAGCCAACCAAGAUGACCAGAAGGCAGGUUUGCACUUUUUAAGAGUAUUUCAUAGGUUCUAAUACACCAGACAAGAUCAUUAGCACAGAAAAUGAUUUGAUACUGUAUUUUACCCUGAGCUGGUUUUAAAUCACAGCUGAUGGAAAUGGAAAUGGGUAGUUUUACUGUUAUAGAGUAAUAUACGCUCAGUGAGCACUUUAUUAUGUAUUUAUUAGACUCGAUUUUUAGACUUCUGCUGCUAUAGCAUAUCCACUUAGAGGUUUGACACAUUGUGUGUUCAGAGAUGCUCUUCUGCAUAACACUUUUGUAAUGUGUGGGUUAUCUGCAUUACGGUCACCUUCCUGUCAGCUUUGACCAGUCUGGCCAUUCUCCUCUGACCUCUCUCAUUAACAAGGCAUUUUGCCUGCAGAACGGCUGCUCACUGGAUGUUUUUCGUUAUUUGCAUUUUCUGAAAACUAGAGAUUGUUGUUUCUGAAAUAUUCAAACCACCCUGUCUGGCACCAACAAUCAUUCCACGGUCAAAGUCACUAAGAUCACAUUUCUUCUCCAUUCUCAGUUGAUAAAAAAUAACAGCUGAACCUCUUGACCAUGUCUGCAUGCUUGUAUGCAUUUAGUUGCUGCCUCAUGAUUGACUGAUUAAAUAUUAUCAUUAAAAGCUGUUGUACAUGACUACCUAAUAAAGUGACUGAAUGUAUAAAGAUAAAAGGUAAAGGGCAAAGAUGCUAAAGAUUAUCUUACAAGCAAAUUUGUUGUUUUAUGGGCAAAUUUCUGUUGACUACCCUAAGGAUACAUUCAAUUUAAACAUAUAACUAAGCAACUUUAGAGAAGUUGUACUUCUUUUUAGAUUAUAUAUUGUCUAUCUCUUGUUAAUGUAGUGACAUAUGCCUGAUAAUGGCAGUGAUUAGUCAAACAUGUAUAUGUCUCACAUACUAGGUCACUCAUGUCUGGUCACUGGUGAGGUGCAUUGUACUGUAUCUUAUGCCGCCUAACCCUCAUGCAAUGGCACCUGUUGUUAUUGUUAGUUUGGGCUGAAAGCUACCUUACUUUUAUUCCAGGGGGUUUGAGUUGAUUUUUCAUAGAAAGUUUCCUGUUCAAAACCAUCCAAAAUGUGCAUAAAGCCAUUUUUUUGGCUGAAGCCAAACCAAAGCCUAACUGUACAAUUACCAUUUGACCAAUGCAUAAUGGAAGUAAAAUGACUUUACUUUUUUUUUAUUAACCCCAGUAAAAAUGUUUUACUGAUAUAUCAUGCAUGCACAAGUUAACCAUCUUAAGCUGAUUUAUAAAUAUUUACAGUGUUUCUUUAAAAAAAUAUAAAUUCUACAGUAUGUAAGUAAUAUAAAGCCAGUAAGACAAAGACCCAAAGUGGAAUUAAUUUCCAAUCAAAGCAGCUUUUUUGGAACAAUCUUGCAUAGUUGCAUGAAAAUAGUUCUAUUCAUGUAUUCCCAACAUUUAAAACAAAGAUGUGUUACAAUAAUACUUCACUUUCAGGAUGGAUUUAGUGGUGCAACUCUUUGUUAUUGUGAAGUAAAAUUGGGGGACCUUUAACUAAAAGGAUUCAUUAUGGUAUGAUUAAUAUUGAUAUCCGAUUACAGGACCCACUGCCAUUAAAGGAUCAAUAACGGUUUCGUAUGAGGUCAAUGCUUUCAACGUUUGUCUAGAACCAAUUGCCAACUUUAUAUUAAACUAUUAAAUUUAGUAUUUUAUAUUUUUGACUGUCAAACUCAAUAUGAUUAAACCAAAGCUACAUGCCAUUUAUUUUAUAUCAAAAUGUUCAUUUUGUAUACCCUUUCUACCAGUCAAUUAUGUAAUGGUUUUAUUCGCAAUUACUUGUUUCCUGUUAAUUCAAUUUUAUCAUAAAAAGAUGCUGCAAUUUGUUGUGAUGUCAGAAAGUGGUUCUGUGUGUAAUGUAUGUGAGAUUUUGUACAUAUUAAACAUAUAUUUAUAAAUAUC